AUGAAGUUGGACAUCUCAAAGACAUUCAGCCACCAUUCCGAUAGAGUCAAAGGUAUAGAUUUCCAUCCAAGCGAGCCCUGGGUGUUGACGACGCUAUAUAACGGUAAAGUUGAAAUCUGGUCGUAUGCAACAAACGCCCUCGUCAAGUCCAUCCAAGUCACCGAGCUUCCAGUCAGGACGGGAAAGUUUAUCCCGCGCAAGAAUUGGAUUGUGGUGGGAUCAGACGAUUUCCAAAUCCGUGUUUACAACUACAACACGGGGGAAAAAGUGACUCAAUUCGAAGCCCACCCGGAUUACAUUCGCUCCAUCGCUAUCCACCCUUCGAAGCCUUACAUCUUGACCUCGUCGGAUGAUUUGACCAUCAAGUUGUGGAACUGGGAGCACAAUUGGAAGUUGGAACAGGUGUUUGAAGGGCACCAGCACUAUGUCAUGAGUGUCAAUUUCAACCCCAAGGACCCCAACACGUUUGCUUCUGCGUGCUUGGAUCGUACAGUCAAGAUUUGGUCCUUGGGCAGCUCGCAGCCCAAUUUCACUUUGGUUGCGCACGACACAAAAGGCGUCAAUUAUGUCGAUUACUAUCCGCAAGCCGACAAGCCCUAUUUGAUCACUUCGAGCGACGACAAGACGAUUAAGGUAUGGGACUACCAAACCAAGUCCUGUGUUGCCACGUUGGAAGGCCACUUGCUGAAUGUGUCUUUUGCCAUCUUCCACCCGGAAUUGCCCGUUAUCGUGUCGGGUUCCGAAGACGGUACUAUUAGAUUUUGGAACUCCAACACUUUUAAAUUGGAAAAAUCCAUCAAUUACAGCUUGGAACGUGUUUGGUGUGUUGGCAUCUUGCCCAAGUCCAAUGUCAUUGCCGCAGGGUUUGACUCUGGGUUUGUCAUUAUCAAAUUGGGCAAUGAGGAACCCUUGUUUUCCAUGGACUCCAACAAUAAGCUAAUAUACGCAAAAAACUCGGAGGUUUUCCAGUCGAUAAUCAAGCCCAAUGCAACUCAGGGUUUGAAAGAUGGCGAGUCCUUGAAUUUGCAACAAAGAGACUUGGGCACCAUUGAGAUUUUCCCGCAGUCGUUGCAGCAUUCGCCUAAUGGAAGAUACGCCGCCGUGUGUGGAGAUGGCGAAUACAUUGUUUACAGUGCGUUGGGAUGGAGAUCGAAAACUUAUGGCAGUGCUCUUGAUUUUGUUUGGAACAGCCACGAUACUUCUGCCGCGUGUCCAUUUGCCAUUCGAGAAUCAAACGUGAGCGUAAAAGUUUACAAGAAUUUCCAAGAGCAUUUGGCGAUUGACUUGUUAUAUCAAGCCGACCGUAUUUUCACUGGUGCUUUAUUGGGUAUCAAAUCGGAAGGAUGCAUUUCGUUUUACGAUUGGGAUCGCGGAAAGUUGGUGAGAAGAGUCGAUAUCGACGAUGACAUUGUCGAUGUCACCUGGUCCGAUAACGGUGAGCUUGUCGCUAUUAUAACAUCAACUUCAUCUUCAUCGUCAUCGUCAUCGUCAAACACGGGAGACAGAUCAAGCGCAACUGCCAUUUUGAAAAAGGGGGACGAGGCAUAUUUUUUGAGCUACAAUCUGGAAGUGUUUGAACAGGCUUUGGCCAAUGACGAAUUGGACCCUGAAGAGGGCGCCGAGCUGUCGUUUGCUGUCUUGUACACUUUGCCAACUUCAGAGUCGAUAUUAUCAGGGAAAUUUAUUGGUGAUGUUUACGUCUACACCACUGCGUCAACAAACAGAUUAAACUAUUUCGUCGGUGGCGAAGUAAUUAAUUUGGGACAUUUUGAUCGUAAAUUCUACAUCCUCGGCUACAAAGCUCAAGAAGGGAGACUAUUCCUCAUUGACAAGGCAUUUGAUGUCAUUUCCUGGUAUUUGAAUGCCCACAUGUUGGAAUUGCAAACUUUGGUCAUGCGAGGCGACCUUGAGCAAUUUGCCACUCACAAUGUCUUGGAUGAAGAGACUGGCGAAGAAUCUCCGGACUUGAGCACCGUGUUGGCUGAAAACUUGAGCGAAGAAUAUACCAAUUUGAUUGCCGAAUUCUCCAAGACGGAGUUGAACCAGUUAUCGAGGUUUUUUGAAAAAUUGGGAUACUUGAACUUGUCGUUUUCCUUGUCGCAGGACUUUGACUCCAAAUUCCAGAUAUCUCUAAACACGGGAGAUUUGAAACAAGCAUAUGAGUUGUUAUCCACGCAACAAAAGGAACAGCCUUCACUAGCUUCAGUCAAUGUGUUUAAAUGGAAAAAAUUGGGAGACUUGGCGUUAGAGAAGUGGAAUGUUGCAUUGGCCCAGGAGAGUUUCUGGUUGGCCAAGGACUAUUCUUCGUUGUUGCUAUUACUAUCGACCCUGCAAAACAAGGCGCAAUUGAUUAAAUUGGCAGAACAGUGUGAAUUGAACGGCAAAUACAAUAUUGCAUGGCAAGCAUGGUGGCUAGUUGCUGAUAUCGACAAGUGCUUUGAUCUUUUGAUCAAGAGCGGGCGAUACACCGAAGCGAUCGUGUUUGGUACAAACUACGGCGUAGAUAAGGAGAAAUUAUCAAACUCAAUGAAGGAGUGGAAGCAGAUCUUGAGGACUGAAAAGAACAAGGCCAAGAUUGCUGACCGAUUAAUUGAUGAUUUCGCAAGUCUAGGUUUAAAUGGUGAAGAACCAAGUGCGGUUGAGCAGCCGUUGUUAGACCUUGAGGAGCCCGUGGAAAAGCAAGAGGAUGAUUUAGGGGAAGCUGAAACCGAGCAACAUGAAGUAGAUGCCGUGGAAGCCGAUGAAGAAGCCGACGAUGCUGACGGUGACGCUGAAGAAGUCCAAGUAAAUGGCCAAUAA